AUGGAUCCACCCAAGGAAGAGGUGAUUUUCAAUGAGCGCUUUGUCAAGAUCAUUUGCGUUGGCGCUGGCGUUUCUGGACUUUGCUUUGCUUACAAGCUGAGGAGAUCUUUUCAGAACUACUCAUUAACUAUCUAUGAGAAGAAUCCAGAAGUGGGAGGGACUUGGUAUGAGAAUACUUACCCCGGCUGCGCCUGCGAUGUCCCCUCACACAACUACACGUAUUCCUUCGAACCAAAGGCAGAUUUCUCCUCCGUUCUCGCCAGCUCAGACGAGAUCAAGGAAUAUUUCGAGGGCUUUGCUGUUAAGUAUGAUCUACUCAAACACAUCAAGACCGAGCACCAAGUCGUCGAGACUUCUUGGGACCAACCAAAAGGCCAUUGGAACGUUAGAGUUACCGAUCUUGAGUCCCAUACGACAACUAAUGACUGGUGCCAUAUUCUGAUUCAUGCGACCGGAUAUUUGAACAAGCCAGCUUGGCCAUCUGUGCCAGGACUCGAGAAGUUCAAGGGACCCAAACUUCACAGCGCCAAGUGGGAUAGCAGUGUAUCUCUUGACGGCAAGGAUAUUCUGUUGAUAGGGUCCGGUGCAUCAAGUGUUCAGAUUUUACCCACCAUCCAACCUCGCGUCAAGUUUGUCAAGGUCUUUGUUCGAACACCUCGAUGGACUCUACCCUCUGUCAACUCAAAGAAGGGCAAAUUCUCUCCGGAAGAGAUCGAGAAAUUCGUCAGUGAUCCACAUUCAGUCAUGAAGCUACGACUGGAGAACGAAAGGACACUAAAUAGCUUCUUCACUAUGUAUAUGAAAGGAACUGUUCUUCAGAAGCAAGCUCGUGACCAUUUAGAGAGUGAAAUGAAGAAGGUUGUUGUUGAUGAGGAAGUUCAAAAGAAGCUUGUUCCCGACUUCCCGGUUGGAUGCAAACGGAUUUUACCUUCUGGGGAUCAGUUUCUCUACGCAGCCAAGAAAGAUAAUGUCCAGGUGAUCUACUCUGGUGUCAAAGAGAUCACCGAAACAGGUUGCGUAAGCGACGAUGGUCAACAUUACGAAGGCGAUGUCAUCAUUGCAGCCACUGGCUUCGACACAUCGUUCAUUCCUCGGUACCCCAUCCAUUUCAAAGGGCAUAACCUCCAAGAAGAUUGGAGCACCUCUAUCACUGGCUACAUGGGAGUCGGCAUCUCUGAGUGCCCCAACUCAUUCACCCUCGCUGGACCAUGGUCCCCAAUCUCCAACGGCCCCGUCAUCGCUCCCAUAGAAGCCCAGGUGGACUAUGUCUGCGCUUUUAUCGACAAGUACCAAACUGAACCUAGCAUGCAUAGCAUGAGCCUGAAGGCAGCAGCAUGCUACGACUUCAAGACCUACAUGGCACAUGUUACUCAGAAAAUGGUGUGGUCUGAUAACUGCCGCCACUCACAUAACAUCAAGCCGAACUGGGGUCAGUCUUCGAUCACAUGGCCUGGAUCUACGCUACAUUACUUGGAGGCUAUGCGAGAGCCCAGGUUUGAGGAUUAUGACUUUGAGUAUAAUGGGAAUAGGUUCGCGUGGCUGGGGAACGGGCUCUCUCAGACCGAGUGGGAUCCUACGGCUGAUUUGGCAUACUAUGUAAGACACGAGGAUGAUGGAAGGCAUUUGAGUAGAGGAGCAAGGACAAGAGUCAUUUCGAAGAGUGGAAGUCAGCUGCCGAGAGAACUCCAUCGCCAAGCGAAGCUUGCCGCCAAGAGCUAG